AUGACACAGCGCCAGCGGGGCAGCGGCUACGAGUUCAUAUACAACAUAUUCCGUCAGUCGGAGUCCAGCGAAGACAUAUUACACCACGUCAGAUCCUGGGAUGCUAAAAUCUCUGGGCAGUGGAAUGCCAUUCCGGAAAGCGUGAAAUCGAUCCAAUACGGCUAUGCUCGCGUCUGCCUCUACGAGUGCUGUCUCGAAGAGUCGCUCUUCCCGUCGGCGGAGGCACGCCACGAAGUUCUACGCAACUGCAUCUCCGCGAUCAAGUUCCUCAACAAUGCAUUCGUACCGGUGUCGCUUGAUCCUCGCGUGCUACUCGACGUACCAGCGCACAUAUUCGCUCAGUCUAACCACAACACUUUCUUAGCGUUGCUUUUGUGCUCUGUAAAGUGCGGAGAUAACUCCACCGAGACAGUCGACCGAGAGCUUCAACUGCGCGACUACUUUGCUAGGACAUCUGAUAGGUUGGCUGCUUUGCUUGCUGAGCCGUCGGAAGAGAUUCCAGCUUUUUACCGGAAGUUGAUUCCUAUGGCGAGGGGAGUACAGAAGUGGUUCGCCGCCAAAUUGAGCAAUGGAGAGGAGAUCGAAGGCGAGAACGGCGUGGAGAACGGCCCAGGCGUGGUCGGGGCGGAUGUGGAUGUCGACUUUUGGGGGCAAUUUCUGAAUAUGGAUGGUGACGAGUGGUUGCAGGAUGUUUUGGCGAUGGAUCGCUCGAAUACUGCUACGAUAUAG